AUGCUUCCUAGUAAGAGACCACUAGAAGGCGAAUCGGAAAGCGUUCUGAAGAAGAGUUGUCUCUGUUUCUCUGCCGAUAGUAAGAACGUUGGUGAAGGAAGUGGCAGUGGGAGUCAAGAGACCAAUAUUGACGGAACAAGUAGUGUUAGUUUAGGGAACAGUAACAUUAACAACAGCGGCAGUCGCGAGGAGCGUUCAAUUACCGAAAUGGCUUUUGAUGUUGGAAAAUCGCAAGAUAUCGAUGAAGAUCUACAUAGCCGGCAGCUUGCUGUGUAUGGACGAGAGACCAUGCGGCGGCUUUUUGCGUCAAAUGUUCUGGUAUCAGGAAUGCAAGGCCUCGGUGUUGAGAUCGCUAAGAACCUUAUUCUUGCUGGCGUGAAGUCUGUCAUGUUGCACGACGAAGGAAAAGUGGAGUUAUGGGAUUUGUCUAGCAACUUUAUUUUCUCGGAGAAUGAUGUUGGUAAGAACAGGGCACUUGCCUCUAUUCAGAAACUACAAGAGCUCAACAAUGCUGUGGUUAUCUCGACUCUGACUACAGAAUUGAUGAAAGAACAACUUUCUGAAUUCCAGGCUGUGAUUUUUACUGACAUCAGCUUAGAGAAUGCAAUCGAGUUCAAUGAAUACUGUCACAAUCAUCAACCUCCUAUUGCUUUCAUCAAGACUGAAGUUAGGGGCCUUUUUGGUAAUUGUUUUUGUGAUUUUGGACCAGAGUUUACAGUCUUCGAUGUUGAUGGAGAGGAACCUCAUACGGGCAUUAUUGCAUCUAUCAGUAAUGACAACCCUGCUCUUGUGUCGUGUGUGGAUGAUGAAAGGCUUGAGUUUCAGGAUGGGGAUCUUGUUGUGUUCUCAGAAGUACAGGGAAUGACAGAACUCAACGAUGGAAAGCCGAGAAAGAUAAAAACUGCACGACCGUACUCUUUCAUCCUUGACGAAGAUACCACAAGUUUCAGUAGACAUGAGAAAGGUGGUGUUGUAACUCAGGUAAAACAGCCCAAGGUUUUGAACUUCAAGCCGCUGAGGGAAGCAAUUAAAGAUCCUGGAGAUUUUCUUCUUUGUGAUUUCUCUAAGUUUGACCGCCCACCUCUCUUGCAUUUGGCAUUCCAGUCACUGGAUAAGUUUGUCUCUGAAUUGGGACGCUUCCCUGUGGCUGGUUCUGAAGAUGAUGCUCAGAGGUUGAUAUCUAUUACCAGUAACCUGAAUGAUAGCUUGGGAGAUGCAAAACUGGAUGAUAUAAAUCCCAAACUUUUGAAACAUUUUGCUUUUGGUGCCCGGGCUGUACUGAAUCCUAUGGCAGCCAUGUUUGGUGGCUUUGUUGGGCAGGAGGUUGUUAAGGCGUGCUCAGGGAAGUUUCAUCCCCUUUUCCAGUUUUUCUACUUUGACUCGGUGGAAUCACUUCCUGUAGAGCCAUUAGAUCCCAGCGACUUCAGACCAUUAAAUAGCCGUUAUGAUGCCCAGAUUUCAGUCCUUGGGUCUAAACUUCAGAGAAGACUAGAAGAUGCUAAAGUGUUUUUGGUUGGAUCUGGUGCACUGGGCUGCGAGUUUCUAAAGAAUUUAGCACUGAUGGGAGUUUCUUGUGGAAACCAAGGAAAGCUAAUGGUCACCGAUGACGAUGAUGAUGAUACAAAUUACCACAUGGACCUGAUAUCUGGACUUGCUAACAUGAGGGCUAGAAAUUAUGGCAUUCCCGAAGUCGAUAAGUUGAAAGCCAAAUUCAUUGCUGGACGGAUUAUCCCCGCAAUUGCAACUUCCACGGCGAUGGCUACCGGUUUGGUUUGCCUAGAGCUUUACAAGGUCAUUAAUGGAGGGCACAAGUUGGAAGACUAUCGUAACACAUUUGCUAAUCUAGCUCUACCUUUAUUCUCCAUGGCUGAACCUGUCCCUCCUAAGGUCAUCAAGUAUAAGGACUUGAGCUGGACUCUGUGGGACAGAUGGAUAAUCAAAGGUAACCCUACACUUCGGGAACUGCUCAAAUGGCUCGAGGAUAAGGGGCUGAAUGCCUAUAGUAUUUCAUUUGGAAGUUGCUUGCUCUACAAUAGCAUGUUCCCAAGGCACAAGGAGCGAAUGGACAAGAAGAUGGUAGACCUCGCACGGGAAGUGGCAAAGGCUGAGCUGCCACCAUACCGCCGCCACUUGGAUAUAGUAGUAGCAUGCGAGGAUGAUGAAGAUAAUGAUAUCGAAAUCCCUCAGAUAUCAGUAUACUUCGACUAG